AAUAUUAACCCUCUCAGAAAUCCCCAAAUGCUGAUGUGUUACAAGAAAUUUAAGCACAAGCAGACUCAUUCCUUAGUUUUUUUCUUUUUGACGCAGUAAUCACAAUAACGGAGAGCAGCGGCUGUGGGUCAGACUGAGGUCGAUGUGAAAGAAGACGCAGCGGCAGAGAGAUCAGCAGCACCGGCUCGGAAAUCGAAUGGCGCCCAAAGGGAAAGUUGGCACAAAGGGAAAGAAGCAGAUCUAUGAGGAGAACGAGGCGACUCUGAAGUUCUACACAAGAGUCAUCCUAGGAGCUAAUGCGAUAUAUGCUGCCGUUAAUUUUUUGGUUUUCUACAGUUCGUCCACAUUUUGGACAUGGCUGCUGCUUGUGUUUGCACUAGCAGUGUAUUUUGGGAGUUACCGCUCCAUGUCUGCAAUGGCCAAGCCAGUGUUUGCUGAGGAUGGAAGUCUCCUGGAUGGAGGAAUAGACUUAAACAUGGAGCAGGGAAUGGCAGAGCACCUGAAGGAUGUCAUCCUGCUCACAGCCAUAGUACAAGUGCUCAGCACAAUCUCCUCUUAUUUCUGGUAUCUUUGGCUGCUGGCCCCGGCCCGAGCCCUCCACCUUCUGUGGGUGAACUUUUUGGGCCCCUGGUUUAUGGCAGAAAGCCCAUCAGCACCAGAAGAAGUGAAUGAGAAGAAGCAGAGAAGACAAGAGCGCAGACAGAUGAAGAGAUUCUGAUGCUGCAGCGCAGAUGAAGCAGUAUUUUUAUACACAGAAUCUAAUAUACAGAUAGUGAGGAACUCAUAAGUUAUUCAGGAAGAAAUUUUGUUAUUGAAUUAAACUCAAUCCAAAUCUGAUACUGUGGAAUCUUGUUUUCCAUGUUUAUUUUCUUCCUGCUUUCUCCUGUAAUUCAUUUUCCCCCUAAAUUAUGAAAUGAAAUGUUCCCUAUUUAGAUAAUGUCACGGUCCAAAUAUCAUUUUUCCUCAUGCAGAGAUUUAAGAGCUUUGUUGUUGCACAAUCCUGUCACACUGCCCCCUGCAGAUUUCCUUUUCACCCCAAAUACCACCGUCCAAUGGCGAAAAUGAGUACUAACUAAAUCUGCUCUGCCACUUUUUUCAUGGAACGUCUUUUAUUUUUGUUUUAUUUUAAUUUUCAAAAAGUCCCUGAUGUAACACAAUUUAUCAGUGACCUGUCAUUAUAGAGAGAUUUUGUUUGUGAGCUAUUAAGUCUCAUAAAAUCAAAUGGUUAUAAAUCAAGUUUUAACAGGAAAAUGGGAACAGUUUUGCAAUAAAAAUCUUCCUCCAGUGUGUGGAGUUUAUCAUAA